ACAGAACGUCAACCUCCAUGCAGUGCCAGGAGCUCCUCGUGUGGGGCCUGAGCUUGGCGAUGAUCCUGGGUGGGGUGAUGCACUUUAUAUGUCUCAUGAAGUCUCAUGCUGCCUACGGCCGCUACGUGGACACCUCGGGCAGCUCCAUGAUGGUGCCCGCAAGGCUAGCCUGGUUCCUCCAGGAGCUUCCUGCUCUGCUGGUUCCCCUGCUUUUGAUGCUAACCACGGAUGGAAACAAUGGCACCGGGAGACACCUGAUGCUCUGGACCUUCUGCCUGCACUACUUCCAAAGGAGCUGCAUCUACUCCCUGCUGACCAAAGGGCGGCCGUAUCCGCUUAACAUCAUGCUGUCAGGGAUUGUGUUUUGCUCUAUUAAUGGCUUCCUGCAGGCACACUAUCUGCUGCACUGUGCUACAUAUCACAACACGUGGUUUUCCGAUGCCUGUGUACUAGCCGGUCUGAUCAUAUUUUUCAUAGGAAUGGGAAUAAAUAUUCACAGUGACCACAUUCUCCGCAGCCUGAGAAAACCUGGAGAAAUUUCCUAUAAAAUCCCGAGAGGCGGUUUGUUUGAGUAUGUGUCUGGAGCAAAUUUCUUUGGGGAGAUUGUAGAGUGGCUGGGCUACGCUGUUGCUACCUGGUCUUUACCCACAUUUGCUUUCGCUUUUUUUACAAUUUGCUUCAUAGGCCCAAGAGCCUAUCACCAUCACAGGUUCUAUAAUGAGAAGUUCAAAGAUUUCCCCAGAUCAAGAAGAUCUCUCAUACCCUUCAUCUUCUGAAGAGCCAU